AUGGACAGGACCGCCGUGGCGAAGAUGGGAGCGGUGGCCAGCGCCAGCGUGUGCGCCCUGGUCGGCGGGGUGGUGCUGGCCCAGUACAUCUUCACCAUGAAGAAGAAGACGGCCUGUAUGCAAGCCCUGCAUCUCUGGACUCUGCUUGCCACCUAUGCUGUUGCAGUAGGACAAAAUCAAGGACAGAAGAAUCAGGAGUGCCCUAAGCUCAACACACAGAUGCCAGAAUUUCAGAAGAAGACUGUCCAUAUUAAGGACCCAGGGAGAGUAGAGGAGAUUAUUUGUGGCCUCAUCAAAGGUGGAGCUGCCAAACUUCAGAUUAUUACAGAUUUUGAUAUGACAUUAAGUAGAUUUUCCUACAAUGGAAAAAGAUGUCCAACUUGUCAUAACAUCAUUGAUAACUCCAAGCUCAUCACAGAGGAAUGUCGAAAAAAGUUAUUGCAGCUGAAAGAAACCUAUUAUGCUAUUGAAAUUGAUCCAGCUCUCACUAUUGAAGAAAAAUACCCAUACAUGGUAGAAUGGUACAAUAAAUCUCAUGCACUGCUCAUUGAGCAAGGCUUACAAAAGGAGAAGUUUGCAGAAAUUGUGAGGGAAUCUGAUGUCAUGCUGAAAGAAGGAUAUGAGAAUUUCUUUGAUAAGCUCAGUGAACACAAUAUUCCUGUGUUCAUAUUUUCUGCUGGAAUUGGAGACAUUCUUGAGGAAGUUAUCCACCAGGCUGGAGUCUACCAUUCUAAUGUCAAAGUGGUUUCCAAUUUCAUGGAUUUUGAUGAAAACGGAAUAUUGAAAGGAUUUAAAGGAGAAUUGAUUCAUGUUUACAACAAACAUGAUGGUGCCUUGAAGAACACAGAGUACUUCAAACAGCUGAAGGAUAACAGCAAUAUCAUCCUGCUGGGUGACUCUCAAGGAGACCUGAGCAUGGCAGAUGGAGUAGCAAACGUUGAGCACAUUCUGAAGAUUGGCUAUCUCAAUGACAAGGUGGAUGAGCUUUUGGAAAAGUACAUGGACUCUUAUGAUAUUGUCUUGGUGAAAGAUGAAUCCCUGGAAGUAGCCAACUCCAUCCUCCAGAAAAUCCUGUGAAUUGCAGCCUUGAGUCACUCCAUUCCUUCCAGGAGGCAACUGGACAGCAGAGCACACGUUUGCUAUCUUAGAUGUGUUCAUUACUCAUUGACAGGACUGUUUAUAACUUAAUUUAAAUAUUUUACCUUCAUUUUGGUAUUUUCAAAUCCAUAUGGGAUCCAUUGUCAGCUAGAAGCUCCUUUUGUUGUUCUUCUGCUCCUCUUUAUUGUCUCACACUCCUGCUGUUAACUAGGUUUAAAUUGGAUUUGUAAACGUGAGAACCUUCUGCUGCUGCUAUACUGUGGUUCACUGUCUGGUCAUCAGACAUUUCAGAGGAGCAGUUCCAAACCCAUGGGUGUUCUGUAACCCAGAAGAUGUAAAGGUUCUGUGAAUAAGCAGCAUGCACCUUUGUGUUGCCUUUUCUUCUCUCAAAGAAGAUGCUUCAGUCUCAGCUGGACUUUGAGGGAUCUUUCUCAUCUGCUAGAGACUUGCACGGGAGGUUUUCAUACAUCUAUUUUUCUUCAGUAAAAAUGUUUUCUUCACCCAA